GAAUCGUGAACAGAGGAGAUUCGUUCCGGAGACGGCGAUCGAGGAGUAACAGUCUUUGUCCCCCGACGAUGGGUGGUGGCGGAGGAGGAGGUGGGACACCGUCCCCCGUCUGCGACGACAUCGAUCCCACUCUGCACGAUACGGCGAGGUACAGUGUCGCCCUUCUGGGCACCCAGGGGGUGGGCAAAACCGCCCUUAUCAGCCAAUUCAUGACAUCAGAGUGCAUAAAUGCUUACGACAGACAGAAAGGUACGUACUUACUGCUGCGAAAAAGCAAGACCGCAGCAUGAUGAUGAUUCCCCUACCAGUCUCCAGCUUCUUCUGCCAUCCGAAACUUUCCCUAAGCUCGGUUUCGCAGUUUACACGCGUUCCGACCGACCCAAACCACCUCAGUUCUAAUCCUGGAACAAAACACCCAUUGGCUCACCGAAACCACAAUCAUAUUUGAUUACACAGUCCAUUA